AUUUGCUUUCAUAACCGCGGCAUCCCAACCAAUGACCCCUUAGGAUUGAACAGGAGCGGGCCAAAGUGUGGCGAGCCAAGAGUGAGAGGGCGAGGCAGAGUGUCAUGUACAGGAUAGUCAGAAGAUUAAUAUUUUUUUUCUUGUGCUAUAGAACAGCAAGAAGGACAACAAAACAUAUGGAGAACAGAGCAAACAACAAAAAAAAAUACACGACUUAUGUAAUCUGUCUUGUGUUCAGAACGUUGCUCAAACAGCUUAUAUAUAACCCUUUAACCUUUGCAUCGUUUUUUGAUCCCAUUAUUACUCGUACGUUUAUCCGCUUUCCUAUCCAUCUAUAAUCACCAUGGUUGAAAGAUCGUGGCUGACUAGGAUCACAACCAACGUCUAUGCUAUCGGCAGUUUUGCCGCAUUGGCGGGUAUCAUGUUUGGCUUCGAUAUUGGCAGCAACUCUGGUGUCAUUCUUACUUGGCAAUAUCGUGAAUACUUUAACAAUCCCGAUGAUUUGCUUCAAGGCGGUAUCAACGGUGCGUUGAGUGCUGGUUGUUUCGUUGGCGCGUUGUUCGCUGGUUUCCCUGCUGAUAGAUACUCUCGUAAAUAUACUCUGAUGGGCGCCUCGGUCCUGUUCGUCAUUGGUUCCGUUUUCCAGGCUGCUGCAAAUGGCGUGCCUCUUCUCUGCGUCGGUCGUGUCAUUAACGGUAUUUCUGUUGGUGUCACUUCAAUGGUCGUACCUCUCUAUCAGUCGGAAAUUGCACCCAAGGAAAUUCGUGGUCGUAUUGUUGCUGUGCAGCAGUGGAGUAUCACCUGGGGUAUUAUGCUUUCAUUCUGGAUUCAGUAUGGGUCUCAAUACAUUUCUGGCGAUAACUACCAUGCUGCCUUCCGCAUUCCUUGGGGUAUCCAAGGUGUCCCUGCUGUCAUCUUGCUCGCUGGUAUGUGGGCGUUCCCACACAGUCCUCGAUGGUUGGCCGACAAGGGUCGCAUGGACGAAGCCAUCAAGGUUCUCGCCGACAUCCACGGCGACGGCGACGUCAACAACGAACGUGUUCAACUCGAAAUUCAAGAAAUCGAAGCUGUCAUCAGAUUCGACCGCGAGCAGGCUUCUCAUCGUUAUGCCGAUAUUCUCAAGCCACAAUAUGCCUACCGUGCAUCACUCGGUAUCUGCUUGCAGAUCUGGCAGCAGUUGACUGGUAUGAACAUCAUCAUGUUCUACGUCGUCUUGCUCUUUGAGCAGGCUGGUAUUGGUAGUGAUCAGGAAGCUACCCUGGUCUCUGCCGGUGUUAACUAUGUUGUCAAUGUUGCCAUGACUGUGCCUGCCAUUCUUUGGGUUGACAAGUGGGGUCGUCGUUACACUAUGAUCUUUGGUGCCCUCAUGAUGAGCACGUUCCUUUGGAUUGUUGGUGGUAUUUUGGCCACAGGUCGUUGGUAUGUUGAAGAAGGAUCUGACAGAUGGCUGGUGGAUAUUGGUAGCGAGCCCAAAUCCAAGGCUGUGGUUGCUUGUGUCUAUCUCUUCGUCGCCUCGUUUGCAUGCACUUGGGGUCCCUUGGGCUGGAUCUACCCUGCUGAAAUCUUCCCUCUCCGUAUUCGUGCCAUCGCUGUGUCAUUGUCCACCUCGGCUAACUGGCUCUUCAACUGGGUCCUUAACUUUGUUGUCCCUAUGUUGAUGCAGCGCAUUCACUAUGGCUUGUACAUGCUUUUCGCUGGUUUCAACUUUUUGAUGGCUGUCCACGUUUUCAUUGCUUACCCUGAAACCAAGGGCUUUACUCUUGAAGAGAUGGAUAUCGUCUUUGAGCAAAACCCACGCAAGAGGGUAGACCGCGCUUUCGUCGAAGCAGAGCUGGCUCGUCGUGCAGGCUUUGGCGGCAACCAUGAUGCUGCAUCCAACGAAAAGACGGAAAACGUUGUGUAAUUCCUUAUGUAAUAUGCACUUUAUCUUCUUCUUUGUAACAUCAUCAUUUCUUAUAUAAUCUUUGAUAUAUGUAAUCCUA